AUGAGCCCCAUCCGGCGCGGCAGCUCGCGCCUGCGCAUCCUAUGCGUCACCACGGUCGCAGCAGUGUUCAUAUUCUACACCCUGGUGCCCUCUGGGCUCUUCUCAUCAUCUCCGUCCACACCUGGGAAAGUGCAAUACCCCUUCAAGGCGAAGGGAGUUGUCGCGGGGGACCCCGCGAAGGCCGCCGCGGUCAAGACGGCAAUGCAACGCACGUUCUGGAAGUACCGUGCUGCGGCGUGGGGCUACGAUGAGGUCCGUCCUGUAAGUGGGGGAAACAGGACGACGAGGAAUAAUUGGGCUGCGACCAUUGUCGACACGCUCACGACUACACUCAUGAUGGGGCUCGAGAGGGAGUUUUUCAUUGUGAAUUUCGCGAUCCACGACGUGGACUUUACGCGGGCACGGGGGCUAGUAGAUCCGUUCGAGACGACGAUCCGGUAUCUUGGGGCGAUGGUAUCGACGGUGGACCUUCUCGACGCCAAGUUCACAACGUUCUCCAUUCCGGUGCCGAAGGCGUCGCGGGACGCGCUGCUGGCACAGGCAGUGCUGCUCGCCGAUAAGCUCGCGCCCGGAUUCGAUAGUCCUACGGGAAUGGUGUGGCCAAGAGUCAAUUUCACCACCGCUGAAGGGUGCAGGGAGAAACCGGCGGAACGGCCGUACCCCGAUUAUGAUCAUGCGACCAUUGGGCCGGCUAGGGCCGGCAGUAAUUGGCUCGAGAAUAUGGCCCUGAGUAGGCUUACGGGAGUGAAGCAGUACGGCGCGAAUGCGACGAGGGCGUGGAGUCCGUUGGUGUAUAGCAAAUGGGACGAGGAAUGGCCGGGGAUGAUUGACGGCCCGUGGGACAUAAUGACCGGCACACCGUACGACCACCAUCGCAGCUGGGGCGCUGGUCAUGACUCGUACUACGAAUACCUAAUCAAAGCGCACGUGAUGAUCCCGUCGGACCCGCACUCACUCAAAUACCGGGACCGAUGGCUCGCGGCGGUCGACAGCACGACGAAGCAUCUGAUCCAAACCUCGCAGGACGCGGGCGAUGCCGAAACGCACUACUUCCUGCACCAAUACCGCAACGGCUGGCUCAUCAACGAGAUGGGGCAUCUCGCGUGCUUCGCGGGCGGGAACUGGAUGCUCGGCGGCGCAUACCUACAGAAGCCGGCGAUCACGAAGAUGGGCGCCGAGCUCAUCAAGACCUGCCGCGACACGUACGCAAAAACCACCACCGGCAUCGGCCCCGAAACUUGGAGCUGGUACCCCAUGGACGCGGAACCAGUCCACGAUCCGAAAACGGAGGAGCAGUGGAAGCAGGCCCGCGAGUGGGGCUGGUGGGUCGCAGAUCCGAAAUACGUCCUCCGCCCCGAGACGGUGGAGAGCUAUUUUUACGCGUAUAGAAUCACGGGGAAUAAGAUGUACCAGAAGUGGGCGUGGGAGGCGUUUCAGGCUUACAUGAAGGCUACCAAAGCGGAAUAUGGAUACGCGGAGGUCCUGGACGUUACGUUGCCUGCCGGCGCGGACAACCAGAAAGACCAGGCGGAGAGUUUUUGGGGCGCGGAAACGUUGAAAUAUCUCUACCUCAUCUUUUGCGAUGACGACGUGGCGAGCUUGGAUGAGUGGGUGUUUAGUACCGAGGCACAUCCGUUCAGGAUCCAAAAGGAGGCGGCGCUGGCGGCGACGGGAGUCCUUGGCACCACGGUGUAG